CAGAGAUGAUGUGAAAGAGAAAAAGAAAAAAAAGAAGAAGAAAAAUAACAAACCUUCUCUGCAUAAUUGCAUAAACAAACAAUACCCUUUCUGCCUUACUCUGCUCUCUCCAUUUCCUUCCUCUGUUUUUUCUUUCUCAAGUUCAGGCUGCGAAGAGAGAACCAAACCAUGUAUGUAUUCUGUUAAUAGUAAUCAAUCCAACUCGAUCUUUGUGCUGUACUUUUGCUUAGCACAUUUGUAGAAAUAAGCAGCUGGAAUUAGUUAAAUUUGGGAAACCAUCUCCUGAAUAAGAAUGACUGAACAUCAUUCCGAGGGGGAAAGCAGCUCCAACUCCUUGCCCUCUUCGCCGCAAUCACCAUCUUCUCCUGGGUCAACUCAGACUCAAUCUCCUGUUCCCAACUCAUCGUUGUCCCUUAACGCUAAAUCCGAAACUCCUGACUCUCAAAAGAUGAAGAGAAGCAGGGACUCCAGCAAGCACCCAGCAUACCGGGGUGUCCGUAUGAGGAAUUGGGGUAAAUGGGUGUCUGAAAUUCGGGAGCCACGGAAGAAGUCCCGCAUUUGGCUUGGGACUUUUCCGACCCCUGAAAUGGCUGCCCGUGCUCACGACGUCGCCGCAUUAAGCAUCAAGGGCAACUCGGCGAUUCUGAACUUCCCAGAACUCGCAAACUUGCUCCCUCGACCAGUCUCGCACUCCCCGCGAGACGUGCAAGCCGCUGCUGCCAAAGCUGCCCAGAUGGACAACUUCGACUCUCCACCAUCGUCUAUGGCGUCCUCCACAUUGUCCUCUUCGGCGUCGCUGUCGUCUUUGGUCUCCGCGAUGGACCUGUCUACUGGGUCUGACGAAUUGAGCGAGAUAGUCAAGUUGCCAAGUCUGGAAACCACCUACAACUCCGACCAGCUGAAGAACGAGUUCGUAUUCGUGGAUUCGGUGGCGGAGUGGUUCUACCCUCCGCCGUGGUUGCAGAGCGUGGAGGAUUAUCAGGUAGGAGUACCGGAAACGGUGUUCCAAAAUGGUUUCGAGUUAUGGAGUUAGAUUUAGUUCUGUAUCUGUUUGUGAAAAUGCGCGUGUGAAAUUUCUCCUUUUACUUUUCUUUGGUACUUCAGUUUUUUGAGCCCUUUAGCUUUUUCUUUAAGGGCUACAACUCUGUGCCUCUUUCUCUUUCUAUGUCAAAGUGACCUGUUCAACCUAACUGUAUAGUUCAAGGAGUGUUAGCCUAAUAAGCAGAGGGGAAGAGGGAAGUGUCAUAAAUUCCACCCUCUUUGUUGGUGCAUCCACAUUCCAACUCUUUCUAAAU